CCACCCCCUCCAACUGCAAAGGCUGGACUUGCAAGAGACGUGAUUGCUUUUCUCUACUCCCACCACCCCUCUCCUCUGACUCCCUCUCCCUCUCUCCAGAAGAGGGGGGAACGAGGGGGAGAGACAGAGAGGCAGCGACGUACGUGGGCUGCCUUCCUCUCGUCUCCUUGACAAUGUCCAGCCACGGAGCGGCGCCUCCAACAUCUCCGAAGACGCCCGGUUUUUCUCUCCCGGAGUACAAAGCCCCAGCCGCACGCACCCCUCUCCUGGAGUAGCCGGGAGGGAUGAGACAGGCUGUCGGCUCGGACCGCGCUCUGGAUGCCGCCACUUGCAUGGGCUCCCCUCGCUCUGGGCUCGCUGCCGCCCGCGAUGUCGCCGAGCCGCGCCGGAGACUGUGUUCCCAGCGCCGGGAGCGGGCUGCAGGUGACCGCGGCCAGGUGCCUCUGGCUCUGCGCGCUUCUGCUGCUCCAACCCGUCUCUUCAUGGAACGGACAGGAUAUGAUUUACCAGCUCCUGGACCUGCCCUCACCUCUCCCUCAGCUGGCACAGCAGCCAUUCAGGUCGCCCCACUUCUCUGAGGUUUGGUCUUGGGCCACACACCCUGCCCGGCAUCCAACGUUGCCCUCCUAUCCCCUGUCCUCCUCCUCAGAGGCCGAGGAGCCCUCAACGGAUUCCUUUGAGGAAGCUGUGGCCAGGAUCUCCCUCCUCAGCCCCCACGCUGACCCCGCUCCGGAUGGGGAGAAGGACCUUGACACCUCAUCGAGUGUGAUGGGCUCUCCCGACCUUUCUUCUGAAACUGAGAUGUAUGGAGCCCAGAAAGUCUCUGAGGGGCCGGCGCCCACUCCUGUGGAAGAGGAGGUGGUACCCAGCGAUCCAGAGGAAAUUUCCCCAGCUCCUCUGCCAGAGCGCUCAGAUGACUCCGAGACUGCCCCAGCAGCCCUGUCGCCUCUCAGUUCUACUCUUUGGACUAUGAUUGACAAUGAGGCAGCCCCGCCUGCUUUGCACCCCCUGCCACAGUCUCCAUCGACCGCUACUUUGAACGGGACCAUGGCUGUUGCCGGGACAGUGGCCGCCAGAGUCACCUCCAUUUCACCGCUAGUGAAGGUGAAUGCAGGCAAAGAGACUGGCGCCACCUCACCGUCUGCGCCACGGACAUCCACCUCCAGUCUGCGCCCCGUCCGGGCGGGCACCGCGUCCUCUCUGGGAGUUGGAGGCCACAGGCAAUCUCAUCUGGAGAAAGGGAAAACGUCAGCGGUGCCUUCGCUGGCACUGACGGCAGCCUUGACCUCACUCACCACGGCAGCGCUGGCCACCAGGGAUCUGCAGACAACCACACCAGCCUCAGUUGCCGGCAGGGCCACCGCUGCAACAUCUGUCAGCUCCUCGUCCUCACCUAGUCUGAACUGCAGGUUGUCGGACCAACUCUGGGUCAGGACAGUGGUGACUUUGACUUCGAGAAGAAUCCAAGUGGAUGCAACGUUUAAACAGAACUUGACCCGGGGUCUCAACGAGGCACUGAACCGAGCUUUCUUCAGCAAUGGUAUCCGUGCAGAGAUCGAGAGUCUCGACAGAAGGAACAAGGUCUUUAUUGGGUUUUAUGCUGUAAGUGGGAAUGAGGUGUACAUUCCAACCACAGUAACAGAAGUGAUUACAGCCUAUGGUGUGGAGAACCUCAGCCGUGACCUACAGAACUACGUCCCUGAUAUCCAGUCAGUCCUGAUCGCUGCCUCGCCAUGGGCCCCGCUCCCAGCUCCCUGGUUCCAGCUGAGGACUGUGCUCCAGUUUGUGAGUACCACCGACAUCAUCAGAUUCUGCAGCUUUACCCAGACCAUGGAGGCCAGACUUCAGAGAGCCUUCGAGGAGGCAGCAUCUCGGGCUGCCACCUUCAAAAGUCACUUAAAAGUUCAGAUUUUGAACACGUCGGUGUUGGAGAGCUCCACGGCGGUCUCCAUGGUGUACAUGGUGAGAAAUCAGAGCGCACUGCUCAAUGGCACUGCUGCCAGCGGCCUUCUGCAUCACCUGACACCUGCCGAGCUGGGGUACUACCUCGCCUACCCCCCUCUGACCCUGGCUGAGCCUGUGGAGUACAAUAACCUGGACACCUCUCCGGCGACCGAGAAGUAUUGGGUUGUUACAGUUAUCCUGGGGGUGGACAACUCCUCACUGGGCGAGAGGUACCAGCGCUUUGCCAGCCUGAUGGAGCAGCGUUUGGCCAACUUGUUUGUGUCUGCCCAGCAGCAGGGACGAAGGUUCAGGCGCGCAUCGACCACCGGCGCCUACACCGUGCAGCUGGUCAGGAUGAAUCGCCUCGCUGGCCCCAGGAACCCGGCUGAGUUGACCUACUACGCCCUGGAGGAUGGCAGAGCCUUGCUGGGCACCACAGCGGCAAAGAUUCUGAACACCGUUGACCCACAGUCUAUGGCCUUGGAGCUCGGCUACCGUGUCCACGUGCAGGCGGAGCCUGUAGUGAAGAACCCUCCGAACAACUUGUGGAUCAUUGCCGCAGUUCUGGCUCCCGUCGGCGUGGUAACUGUUAUUAUCAUCAUCAUCUCCACCGUGCUGUGUCGGAAGAACAAGAGCGAGUUGAAAUCUGAGACCAUGUCAAACCUGCACCAGAGAGCAAAGCCAGUCCAAGGCUUUGACUACGCCAAACAACACAUCGGCCAAUAUGGCGGGGAGGAUGAAGUGACAAUCACACAGGAGACAGUGAUCUUACCGAUCCCUGGCCGAGAUGCCCUCAUUCCUCAAGAACGGGAAGCAGCUCCAGAGGCAGAUAACAGCAAAGCAACAAAAAGCAUUGAUAUUCGGAGAAGCAGGUUGCAGAGCGACCAGGAUUCAAUCAUCAGUGAGCAAUCAGCAAAUCUGGACUCGACCACCAACACUGCGGAAAAACCAGGCGCGCAGCAAAAAACUGCAAAAGAGGGUCUGAAGAGGCAGAAUGUCCCCGUCAGCGAUGAGGAGGAGAACGCCACGCUAUUCGAACACGUCUCCAAGACGUCGGACGACCCAUUCGACACACCCUCGGGGUCCGUACAGCUUCUAUCCAUCAAGCCGCUGACCGCACACCCUGGUUACCCCCAGUCCGGCUCGGAGAAGAGCCCAGAGAUGGCAGCCGUCAAUGGGGAGGUGAACAAAGCACUAAAGCAGAAAUCGGACAUUGAGCACUAUCGGAACAAGCUCCGCCUGAAGGCGAAGAGGAAAGGCUAUUACGACUUCCCCGAGGUGGAGAAUGGUCAGCCCAGCCUGGAGCAGCAGAGGAAAGUCUACGAGAAGGGGCAGAUGGAAGUCAGUCGCGCCUUGGAGACCGAGAUACGGGCAUCAUCCACGUACUCCGAAGCCCGAAACAGGCAAUCCCAGGUGAAGAAUACAGUGUACAGGAGUAGGCAGUCUCUGAACAGCCCGAGUCCGGGAGGGACUGAGAUGGACCUGCUAGUCACCAGGGAGAAGUCACGUCGAGGGAUUCGCAACAACGGAUAUGAUACGGAGCCGGAGCUGAUAGAAGAGACCAACGUGGACCGGGUAACAGAGCCUCGGAAUGCAGCCCGGGUGAGGCAGGCCAAGGGACACUCGGAAUCCUCGACCCUCAGCUCCCAGCCAUCCAUUGACGAGGUCCGGCAGCACAUGCACCAGUUGCUAGAGGAGGCGUUCAGCCUGGCAUCGACGGGAAGGGUCUCUCACAGCCGGCACCAGGUCCACUGUGCCAUGGGGCAACCGUUACCCUAUACCGAGCUGGUCACCAGUGCCCCGGGCACUAUGAGUAGAUCCAGAGCCGGACUUCAGUGGGUGCCUACGCACGGCCAGGAGGUGUGUCAGUACAGUCUACCACGACCUGCGUACAGAUAUUCCCAGCUUCCUGAAAUGUCUGUUGGCUCUCCGCCCCCUGUUCCUCCCAGGAAUGCCCCGAUGCCCGCGCCAUCCCUCAGACGUUCCACUUCGGAAAGCAGCAACAACACCCGAGUCGCUGAGGGCCACGGCUCUGACCGGUCGCAACAUGAAGCUCCCUACGUGCCAAUUUCCAAGUCUGCUGCCCCCGCAGAUCAGGCGACUAGUCACUACUCAGGUAGCUCAGUUCCGGCAGUUUACGCUAUCCCAGCGAACAGGUCUGGGUACCCGAAUUACUUCAUCCCAGCCCCUGCAUCUUACCGCAACCACGGCUGGGCACCCUACGUCGGUGACGGAGAAGGACCAGGCCCCUGGGCAGAGAACGUGACCCUGCCGGGUUACGUGGAGGCCUUCCCUCACACUCGGUAUCCACACUGCUCCCCGCCUCGACAGUACAGCCAGACGCAGCCUGCCCACCUGCCUCGGCACGGCCCCUCCACCGCCGUCUCGCAGCAGAGCCUGGCGGACACGGAACCGCCCGAGGCCCCCUACAACAACAUCUCCACCACCGCCCUGGUGAAGGCCAUCAGGGAGGAGGUCGCCAAGCUGGCCAAGAAGCAGACGUGCAUGUUUGAAUUCCAGGUGUAAUGACGCUCUCCGGGGAAAUGUCCCACCAAGAGAACCGCCAGACACUCUUCCUCCCGCAGCCAUUGGGAACAGCCCACAGACCUCUGACCGGCUUGCCUUGGCCACUGUUAGAACGAAGGCUGAAAUAACUCCGCUGUGGAUUUGGGCCAUUGUUUUUUACGGAGAGAGUAGACUAUUGAUCGGGUUGCUUUGGUUCAUCCGGAGAACCUCCUCCUUAUGACAUUGUGUUUCAUCUGGAAAACCAUAAAGCACAGGAGCAGAAUCAGGCCAUUUGGCCCAUUGAGUCUGCUCUGUCAUUUUAUCAUGGCUGAUUUACUAUCCCUCUCAAUUCCAUUCUCCUGCCUUCUCUCCGUAAUCUUUGAUAACCUUACUAAUCAGGGACCAAUCACCCUCCGCUUUAAAUAUACCCAAUGACCUGGCAAUGAAUUCCACAGAUUUACCACCCACUGGCUAAAGAAAUUCCUCCUCAUCUCUGUUUUUUUUAAGGGGACGUCCUUGUGUUCUGAAGCUGUGCCCUCUGCUCCUAGCUUCUCCCAAGAUGCUGUCAUUUAGUAUGAAGUUUAACCUAAGCCCACUGUGUUCCUAGAACCUGUGUUAACUCCAGUGAAUACCCAGGAGGUGGUCUUUACUGUGAUCAGGUGCAAAAGUUUGAAAUGUCAAGAUGCCUGACCAGGUGAUAGCUGUCACUCCGCCUGACUUCUGAACACGCCCGUGGGGGGUGGGGGAGAUCAGCUUUCUGCAGAUUCUACGUACUGUAAGUCAUGGUUACCUGAUGUUUCCAGGAAGGCUGCCAAUCUUCCCUCUAGCUAAACCGACAUUCCAGCAGCUCUGAUUGCGGAUCAGAGCAAGCUGCGCCUGAUGCCACGGUCUAGCGAGACGACCCCUCCCUGGUGACGGGAGUCGCUCGUCUGUCUGAGGCCUCAGUCAAGUUUGAGAUGGAGAUAAGAGAUUAGCUUUCGAAACCUACGGUGAAAUGUGUCAACGAGGAUGUGUUGGGGGCAGCCCACAAGUGUUGCCCUGCUUCUGGUACCAACAUGGCAUUCCCACAACUCACUAACUGUAACUUGUACAUCUUUGGAAUGUGAGAGGAAACUGACGUACCCAGAGGAAACCCACAAGGUUAUGGGGAGAACAAACAAAUUGCUUACAGACAGCGGCAAGAGUUGAAGCCGGGUCAUUGGCGUUGCAGUGAUGUUACACUACGGGGCUACGCUAAGGGUCUAUCUGUCAGACAGAGAUGGUGGAUGGUGUGAUGAUGGAUCUCUGGCGUUCCUCUGUAACGUGGCAGGAGGGGGGCCCUGCAGGUAAUGGACAACUGUUUCCAACGAUCGAUUCAAUGCUCAUCACUGUAAAUCCUGUCUCCUCUCAUCAUCAGAAGGCCUUGUACUCAUACGAAGAUUAAACCCUCCUGAUCAAACAUUGGCUUAGACAUGAAGUGAUGCAUUAAUGGUGCCCUGUGCCACUGAUUAAGGGUAAUGACGGAUCUCAAAGGCGAGGGAGAGAAGUUUGUACCAAUGAGUGACUAUUAAUAUUGGAAACAGCGGAUGAUGUAUUGAAUCAGCACUUGACGACAGGGCAGGCUGGAGGAGGUGAAUGGCUUUCAGCUGUUCCCCGACACUGGAGGUGAAUUUACCUCACACGGUAAACAUUAGUUACCUGACAUAUAUUGAGCUCAAAGAGCUGCAGGAUUAACAGUGAAAGAUCAGAUUAUUUGUCACAUGUACAGUGAAACAUAUAGUGAGACACACCAUUUGUAUCAACGACCAUCACAGUCUGAGGAUGUUCUGGGGGCAGCUUGAGAGUGUCGCUGUGCUUGUAGUGCCACAGUUUACUGACCCUAACUCGCAUGUCUUUGCAAUGUGGGAGGAAACCAGAGCACCUGGAGGAAAUCCAUAUAGAACGUACAAUGAACCAGGGUCACUGGCACUGUAAAGUAUUGCAAUACUACUGUACCCGCGUCUCACAGAGAUACUUUGUACAGAACGUGUCUUUUCAUUGUAAGACUUGUUAAGCCACCAUUCUUCGAUGCCGGCGUGGACCAGUAGUUGUUCUGUGACUCCCUGAUGAUCAGAAGAGUAUAAUUGUUCUGAGUUUUACAGUUGUAUUCCUGCAGUCAGUACGAUUGGUUACAGUUCAGUUUUUUUCAUCAGUACAGCCUGAUUGUAUCAUGCAGCGAAUUCGGCUUUUAAGUAAUCACCUUACUGAGAUUUCUCUUGGGCCAAAGGGGAGUUGCCCCAUUGCAGCGUUAAUCUCCGCUGUUUCAUAUUCUACUGACAAAGUGGUGUAGCAGAGAGUGCAGACACACUCAGUGGCCACUUAAUAUUAAAUUUCUCCUAUAUCUAAUAACGUGGCCACCGAGUGUAUGUUCAUGGUCUUCUGCUGCUGUAGCCCAUCCACAUCAAGGUUUGACACAUUGUUUGUUCAGAGAUGCUCUUCUGCACACCACUGUUGUAGUGUGUGGUUAUUUGAGUUACGGUUGCCUUCCUAUCAGCUUGAAUGAAUCUGGCCAUUCUCUGUGGAUCUCUUCCAUUAACAAGGUGUUUUCACCCACAGAACUGCCUCUCACUGCAUGCGUUUUUUUUUUCUUUCUUGCACCAUUCUCUGUAAACUGUUGUGCAUGAAAAUCCCAGGAGAUCAGCAGUUUCUGAGAUGCUCAAACCACCCCAUCUGGCACCAACAAUCAUUCCACAGUCAAAGUCACUGAGAUCACAUUUCACCCCCAUUCUGAUGUUUGGUCUGAACAACAACUGAACCUCUUGACCAUGCCUGCAUGCUUUUACGCAUUGAGUUGCUGUCACAUGUUUGGCUGAUUAGAUAUUUGCAUUAACGAGCAGGUGUACAGGCGUAAAAUGGCUACUGAGUGUAAUUACCCACAGUGGCGUCAAUGUAAAGGAUGGUGUUAAAGUUGAUUUAUGAAGAAGAUGGCAUGUACCGGUAGUCUGUGCUUCCCAGUAGAUGGCAACUUGGUCUGAAAUCUGUAGCUUGGACCAAUAUUCAGAGAUGCAUGUUGGGGAUAGACAUGGAGAAAUAUCAGCUACCAUUUAUAGUGGAGUUUGGUCAUGAGACCACACAGGAUUUACCGAAUCAUAUGGUAUACAUGGAGUAUUUGGUCCAUUGUGUCCCUGUUACCCAGAAGGAUUGGUGUCGGUUUAUUAUUGUCACGUGUACUGAGAUACGGUGAAAAGCUUGUCUUGCUUAUGUCCAUACAGAUCAGAUCAUUACACAGUGCAGAACAAGAUAAAACAAUAACAGAACGCAGAAUAACGUGUAACAGCUACAGAGAAAGUGAAGUCCAUAGAACAUAGUACAUUACAACACCUUUGGCACACAAUAUUGAGCUGACCUUUUAAUCUACUCUAAGAUCAGUCUAACCUCCUGCCUAGAUAGCCUUCCAUUUUUCUAUCAGCUAUGUGUCUAUUUAACAGUUUCUUAAAUGUCCCUGCUGUCUAUGUGUCUGCCAUCACCCCCGACAUAGGUUCCACACACCCACUGCUCCCUUUGUAAAAGAUUUACCUCUGACAUCCUCCCUAGACUUUCCUCCAAUCACCUUAAAAUUGUGCCUUCUUGGAUUACCAUUUCCACCCUGGGAAAAGAUCUCUGGCUUGUCCACUCCAUCUACAGCAAAAAUCUUAGGCACAUAUAUAUCUCUAGGGUGACGAAGAAUUUUGUAUAGUAUAUCAUUCCUAUUCUCUUCCGCCUCCAGGUUCUCUUGGUAGGUUGUGUUUUCACCAGUCUUGCCUUUAAAGCCAACACCUGCUUUCACUGUCUGUCAGGACUGGGAAUGGUGGUGAACCAGCCAAAUGUAGAGACCGCGGUAGUUCAGCUCAACCCGUCCCAGUCUAGCAAUAAAUGGCAGGAACCCAGUAAACACCCAACAUGUCGCAGAUAGACCACAGAGCACUAGUGCUGGACUAAUCAGUAAUCACAUGUCCAACUAACUAAAGCAAUGCACACAAAAAAUACUGGAGGAACUCAGCAGGUCAGGAGAGGAAUCUAAGGAGAGCAGUAUCUAUGGAGAGGAAUAAUGAUAUGAGGUUUCGGACCGAGGCCCUUCAUUAAGACUGGAAAGGAAGGGGGAAGAUGCCAGAACAGGAGGGUGGAGGAGGGAAAAGGAGGACAAACUAGCAGGUGAUAGGUAAAGCCAGCUGGACGGGGGAGUGGUUGAACUAAAAGCUGGGAGGUGAUUGGUGGAAUCUCUUCUGGUGGUGAUUGAUGGAAUCUCUUCUGGUGGUGAUUGGUGGAAUCUCUUCUGGUGGUGAUUGGUGGAAUUUCUUCUGGUGGUGAUUGGUGGAAUUUAUUCUGGUGGGGAUUGGUGGAAUCUCUUCUGGUAGUGAUUGGUGGAAUCUCUUCUGGUGGUGAUUGGUGGAAUCUCUUCGGGUGGUGAUUGGUGGAAUCUCUUCGGGUGGUGAUUGGUGGAAUUUAUUCUGGUGGUGAUUGGUGGGAUCUUUCCUGUCUACACAUUGUCCAUAUUCUUCCAAUUCCUACACAUUCACGUGCCUGUCUAAGAGCCUCUUAAAUGCACCUUUACCUCUUCCAUCUAUUAUCUCCCACCUUUUUACUUCAUUGCCCCUCUCGCCCAUCACCACCCCUGGCAUCCACCACUGUCUCUAUAAAAAAACGUGCCCCGCACAUCUCCUUUGAACUUUACCCCUCUUACCUUUAAAUGUAUGUGCUCUGAUAUUAGACAUUUUGACCCUAGGAUAAAGAUACUGGCUGUCUACUCUAUCUAUGCCUCUUAGAAACAUCUGUCAGAUCUCCCCUCAGUUUCUGUUGCCCCAGAGAAAAGAACCCAAGUUUGUCCGACACCCCCUAAUCCAGGCAGCAUCCCAGUAAACCUCUGCACCCUCUCCGAACCUCAACAUUCUGUUGGAAUGGGGUGGCCAGAAUCAUAUGCAACACUCCAGAUGCCGCCUGGAGUUUUAUAAAACUGCAACAUAACUUCCAGACUGCUGAACACAAUUUUUCAGCUAAUAAAGGUGCUCAUGCUGUGUGCCUUCUUCACCACAGUAUCAACCUGUACAGGCAGAAUGGUCGCCAACCAGAACAAGUCAUAUGUCCUGGUUCAUUAUGACUCGGUGGGCUGUCCCACGGGUGUUUGGUUUUGAUGCGGCUGUAAGCGUGAGCAGGGGCAACCAGUUUUGACUCGUAACAGGGCAUAUAACUUUCCACUGUUUUCUCCACGUCCACCUACCGGUCCAUACGUCUGCAACUCUUGAAGCUGUCUGCUCUCUCCAUCCGAAACGGGUUGGGUGGGGAUUCAUUUGAAGAUGCUUCAGAAGGCAGAUCCACUCUGGUAGAUAGUAGGCCUCCAACCCCUACCCACCACCAGCUUCAUCAUCUGAGGGAGCGUGAAGCUCUAAAAGUUGCAAAUGGCUGAAAAUACCAGCAGCACCAUCUAUUGCUGCCUGACCUGCUAAGUGUUUCUGGCAUUUUUUGAUUUUAUUCUGGAGAAAGAUUUCAAGAAACAAAACCUAAUGGAAAAGUGUCCUUCAAUUUUUGGUAUUACACAGAACAAUGUAUUAAUCCCCACCAUUUCCGCUCCCUGCUCUUCCCUCUCUCCUUCUCUUUUUCCAUUCCUCGUUCUCACUCCUUCUCCUCACCAGCCUAUCACCUCCUUCUGGUUUCUACCCCUCCUUCCCUCUCUCCCAUGGUACACUCUUCCUCUCCUAUCAGAUUCCUGCUUCUUCAGCCCUUUCCCUUUUCUACCUAUCACCUCACAGCUUCUUACUUCGUCUCCACCCACCCACCCACCUUCCCACCCUUCACCCACUUAUUGCCUAUCACCUGCCAGUUUGUACUCUUUCCCCUCCCCCGUCCCUCUUAUUCUGACUUCUUCACCUUCCUGAUGAAGGGUCUCAGCCUAAAACUUUUCCUCUUUCCCCCCGCCAGUCAGGCAGAAGAUAUAAGAGCUUGAGAAUAUGUACAACCAGGUUGAAGGGUCUUAGCCCAAAACAUUGACUGUUUAAUCAUCUCCACAGAUGCUGCCUGACUUGCUGGGUUUUUCCAGUAUUUUGUGCCUGUUGCUCAAGAUUUGCAGCAUCUGCAAAACCUCUUGUGUUUAUCGUGGAUUACUCACGUCUCAGAAAGGGUGUAAGGUAAGAGGAGAAGGUCUAAAGGAGAUUUGCAGUGCAAGUUUCUUACACAGAGAGCAGUAGGUAGGUGCCUGGAACAUGCUGAAGUUCCAUUUGUGAUGUUUAAGAAGCUUUUAGUCAGACACAUAAGCAGACAGGGAAUGGAGGAUAUGGAUCAUGUGCAGACAGAUGGGAUAAAUUGAAAUUGGUUUCAUAAUCAGUAUGGACAUUGAAGCUGAACAGACUGUUCCAGUGUUGUAAUGUACAAUGUCCUUAAAGUAUAUUGUGUUGGCAUAACUUCCUGUUGAAAAACUUUUCAGAGAAUCAAUUCCAAAGGAUGAUUAAUUCAGAUAAUUUGUUCAGGGAACUGGUCUGAUCAGCAGUCCAACUACCCCUUCACAUUUCAAACAGGUCAUUCUGCAGCUAACUGAGGAUCCUAGAUGAUUAGGCUCCCUUAAGUAGUUGUUGUGGGUGUAAAGACCCCCAUGGUUUGUGUCCAGCACAGAGCUUUUCCUGUACAGUACCCCAGUAUUUUAGAUUGGGGGGAAAGAUUGUGGAAAAGACUGGGGGAGAAAAGACCGGACUUUUACCCUGGGGAAAAGACUGUGAACAUAGAAAAGUACCUCACAAAAUAAAACCUGGAAGAAGACAGCAAGUGAAAGACAAUUAGAUUUACAAACCAGCGGAUUGAUAUGACGAAUAAAACUCAUCAGAAAAUUACAGUGUGGUCACUCAAAGGUUUUUACUUUAUAUUUUAAACUUCACCCCAUCCAGGUGAAGCACAGAGUAUCCCAGAACAUGUUUCAAAGGGCAAGAAAUCUCCCCCCAAGGCAUUGUUUGUCAUCUGGUCAGCCUCCUAAUGGAGCAAGUUUUCUGGUCAUUGUCACAUUAAGCUGGUGGGAUCUUGCCGUGUGCUGCCAUUAAAUUCCAUUCCUAUAUCAUUGUCUUUGGGACAUUCUGACAUUGUGACAAACAUGUCUCUUUCUUGUUUUUAUCAAUAGAAUGUGAUUUAAAGAUUGUAUUGGGAUUUCAGGACAAUGUGAGCAGUUCCAGUCAACACUUAUCGUGAAGGAUUUGGGAGGAAUAAGGACUGGGUGCAGGUAGACAGGACUAGGCAGAAAAUCAUGGAGUGGAUGGGGCGGGCGGUGGGGAGAAGGUCUGUUUCUAUCCUAUUGUACUCUAUAACUCUAUGGAUUGUUCUCUUAACUUAUAAUCAAGAAGACAACAAGUAUUGAUUUACCAGCACUUAUGGUGGCAGGACUGCUAUUCCAUCUGACUCCAGCAAGGGCAUGUGACCAAUCUCCUGAUUCAAGAGUUAUGGAGUUUCUUGGCCUCUAGACUUUCACCUCAAGCUCCAACUUCACAGAGAGUCAUAUGGAAUGGAAACAGGUCCACGUCAACUCAGUUGUCAAUCUGAGUUUGUCCCAUUUGGUCCAUAGACCUUUACUGUCCACAUACAUGUCCAAAUGUCUCCUAAAACAUUGUAAUUGUACCAACCUCUACCACUUCCCCUGGCAUCUCAUUCCACCUCUCCACCAUUCUUCUCUGUGGAAAAAGUUGCCCCAUAGGUCACUUGUAAAUCUUUCCCCUCUCACACUAAACCUAUAUCCCUCGGUUUAAGAUUCCCCACCCUGGGGAAAAGACUGUGACCACAGAAAAGUACCUCAGAAAAUAAAACCUGGAACGAAGCAGCAAGCGAAGGACAAUUGGUCUUGCAAAAUGAUAGUUUGGUAGGACCAAACAAAACUUCCAUCAGAAAAUCACUUCGCUUGGAAUGAAUUCACUCAAUUUUUUAACUUUAUGCUUUAAAAGUACUUGGAGUACUGUAUACAGUUUAGGUCACCCUGUUUUAGGAAAGAUGUGGUUAAACUGAAAAAAAUUCACAAGGAGGUCGCCAGGACUAGAGGGCCUAAGUUAUAGGUGGAGGUUGGUGAGGCUAGGUUUUUAUUCAAAGAUUUGAAGUACACUUAUUAUCAACGUGUAUGCAGUAUUCAGCCCUGAGAUUUGUUGUUCUGCAGACAGCCACAAAAUAACGAAACACCAGGGAGCCUGUUCAAAGAAACGUCACACACCCAAUGUGCAAAAAAAAGAGCAAAUUGCGCAAACUGCAAAAACCACAGAAUUUUAAGAAUCAAAUUUACUCCUUGGAGUGUAGGAGAAUCAAGGGCAACCUGCAAGAAAUGUUUAAAAUUAUGAGAGUCUUAGAUAAGGUGGAUGGUAACAGUCUUUUCCCCAGGGUAGGGGCAUCCAACAUAUGGCGGCAUUGGUUUAAGGUGAGAAGGGAAAGAUUUAGAAGAGCCUAGAGGGGCAACUUUUUCACACAGAGGGUGGUGAGUCUAUGGAAUGAGCUGCCAGAGGAAGUGGUUGAGGAAGGUACAGUAGUCAUUGGAUAGGUACAUGGAGGGUGAGGCUUGGAGGGAUAUGGGCCAAAGGCAGGAAAUUGGGACUGGCUGGGAGGUAACUGUGGUCAGUAUGGACUGGUUGGACCAAAGGGCCUGUAAUCCAUGCUGUAUUGCUUCAGGACUCUAAAGACUAAAGAAUGCCAGAAGUGUUCAUUAGGGCCCACCGGCAUCUGUGGAGAACCAACAGUUCAGGUCAUUGCUGUACUCUUGCGUCUGAGGAAAGAUGAAAGGUUAACCCCGUUUCCUUCUCCGCAGAUGCUGCCUGACUCAUUGAGUAUCCCCAAUUUUUUAAAUUGAGAUUUCCAGCUAAAAAGUAUAAUUCUUUUUUUUUUGUUUUAAUGUUUUGCUCUGCCACCAAGAUUUGUAGGUGAGGGACUAUCUCACAAACCAAUCAGGAGGCUGUCAUAUUGAAAACAGUACUUUCCAGCUCUUUGUGAAGACAGAUAUCUGUGAUUUAAUAACGUGCUGUUUCGGAAGGUAGACAGCCCAGACUAAGUUGCAUCUUUAUGAACACCUUCCAGAGCCAGUUCUUGUUGUGGCUGAAAUCACACAGCUUAUUUUCUUUAAAUUUCUCCUGUGUAUAUUUAAAACCCCAGCUGACACUUUUAAACGCCAGUUCAAAACCUAUUUAUUCAACCUUGCUUUUAACUAACAUAAUUUUGCCUUUUAUUUUCAUGUUUGCACUUUAUCCCAUUGUAAUGCACUUUGAACUACAUUGUAUCUAUGAAACUUGCUCUGUAAAUAAGUUAUUAUUACUGUUACUAUUAAAUUUGAUUCCUGGAUACUGGCGUCAAAGUGGGAAAAUGGUCAUAAACAUCAACAAAUGCCUGGGAUUUUGGAAUCUGUUUAUGGCUCUGCAAGUUAAAGGCUUUCUGGGAACCAGGACUUAACACCCAGAGAGAAGCUGAUGCUUUAUACUCAACUAUGGACCUGUUUUAAACUCCACAAUAAUUCUGUGCGGUUGUUUGUCAGUUUUUCGCAUUCUCCAAGUGAACCGUUAAUAAUGAAAAUAUAAUUCUGUUGUUUCAAAACAAGAGCCAAAUAAAUAAUAUUGUCUAAAGAUUGAAUUUUGAAAAUGUCUGUGUGUGUGUGUGUGUGUGUGUGUGUGUGUGUGUGGCUGUUGUUAGUUCUUCAUUUAUUUUCUGUUCCCUAGGGUUUUCCAGGAGUCAGGGAUGAAGAGCAGUUUUAAUUCCUAGGUUUCAGUUUAUUUUAGAGUACAAACAAACAUACAAAUACUAAGGAAACUAAAUAAAGAGCUGAGAAACAAUAGUAAGGUGUAUACUGUAGAUGUGAAGACAAAGGAAUAAGGAAGCCUAGAUGGCACCUCUGAAAAAUACCUCACUUUUAUAAAUAAGACAUUCCUUAGAUAGGAAUAAACUAGUUAGUAAGCUCCAUAAUUAAACAAAUACAGUAGCUAUGCUUCAAUAGGAGUUUGAAGAGAUUUGGCAUGUCAACAAAUACACUCAAAAACUUAUAUAGAUGUACUGUGGAGAGCAUUCUGACAGGCUGCAUCACUGUCUGGUAUGGAGGGGCUACUGCACAGGACCGAAAGAAGCUGCAGAAGGUUGUAAAUCUAGUGAGCUCCAUCUUGGGUACUAGCCU